CACUUAUUCGCGACGCAGAACUCACCAUGUAUCUCAGGGAGAUUCACGCUGAAAAACACAUUCCCACUUUGUACCAAUUCAUUAAAGAAAACCCACUGGGACUCUUGACCACGGCUCUCGAUUCGAAUACUUUCCAUUCCCUCCAGUCCAGUCACAUUCCAUGGGUCUUGGACAAUCCUGAUGGCGAAGGCACGACGGAGCUAGGAACACUUCGCGGUCACAUUGCGCGAGCGAACCCCCAAGCGAAAUCAUUCAUUGAGGCAGCGAAAGAAACUCGAGAUGGUCUGACCAAUGCGGAUGGCUCUUAUACUCUCACUCGAGACGUUCUCGUCAUUUUCAAUGGCCCGGCCCAUCACUACGUCACCCCCAAGUUCUAUACCGGAACCAAGCCAGCAACGGGGAAAGUUGUUCCUACCUGGAACUACUCUGCUGUGCAAGUGUACGGUUGCGCAACUAUCUUUUACGAGACGAAGGCUGAUUCUACACACACUUUUUUGAACAAGCAGAUCCGUGAUCUGACGAACCACAACGAAGUCGAAACAAUGGGGAACAAGGAGAACCCUUGGGCCGUUGAGGAUGCGCCAGAGUCCUACAUCGAGAUACUAAAAAAGGCAAUCAUCGGUAUACAAAUCGAGAUCUCGGAUAUUGGUGGCAAAUGGAAGAUGAGUCAAGAGUCUACGGUAGGCGAUCAGGAGGGCGUGAUAAAUGGGUUUGCGAAGCUGGAUACCGAGCUUGGAAAAGAAAUGUCGGAGACAGUGAAGGCAAGUGUACACGCUUGCUUGAUCGCUGAUUCGGACCACCCUGGUUCCGCGCGGAACCAGACUGACUCCAUCGCGGCGCCACCUCUCAAGUUUGGCCUGGCUUGGUCGGUGGCCUUAAGGCACCAGUGCGACAGACCCGUCUUCAAAUUGGAGCAUGUCCAAUGA